UUCGUUCGCAGAGUGCAAAACUGUUAUCCAUCGCCUAUAUAAUUUUAGAAUCUAUUUUUGUUUAUAAAUAUAAAGUACAUAGUUAUAUGUAGGCGCAUCCUAAGAGCCAAUAUAGUAAAAAUCGAAAAAUAGUUACCAGAAAAAGUUUAAAGAAUCGUUGAGGAACAUAGUAAAUAUCAGUGUUCUGAUCCCCAAGUGAUAUAACCACGAGGAUUCGCUCUCCUGCUCUUAGUUUAUCGGUUUCUGCGUCGCAUUUUGUUUACUUUCUGAGCGAAAACCAAAACAGAGAUACAUAUGUCGAAGAAGUGCACCGUGCGAUCGCUGAGCGACAGCUCCCUGGCUGAGCUGGCCAACUUGUUGGUGUCCACCAUCAGCUAUGUGCAGUAUGCCCCGGAUGUCCACCUGGACAUCAACAUUGUGAUGGUGGAGUUGAACGAGUAUCUGACCCAGCUGGGAGCCACAUCCAAUAUAUACCAAGAUCUGCUGAGGGUGAUCCUCAGCUCGGAUUACCUGGAGGCCAACAUGAGGUUCACCUGCCUACAGAUGUUGCUCAACUGUGGGGUAACCUUUCUGGUCACGGAAGUGUUUCCCUUUAGCUACUACGAAAAGAUUCUGCAGGUAAUUGCUGCCCAGGGCGCUGGACUGCGAGUUUUGAAUAUCAAGGGAAUCUGGGUGAAGGAGGAGCACAUGCACUACAUGUACGAAAUAGUGCGAAGGUGCAAGCAGCUGGUGAAGCUAUAUGUGCCCUAUAUUGCCAAUGAUCGUCUGCUGGAGGAGAUCGGAAAGUGCUGCACACGACUGCAGAUUUUGGACAUUUCCGGGGAGACAGACAUCACGGAAAUCGGCAUCGAUGCCCUGGCCAAAGGAGUCUGCGGCCCAUCCUUAACCGUUGUGGAUGUGGGCAUGCCCGGCGAGGAAAAUAUUUGCUAUUCCGACAUAGCCCUCAUCCUGGAACACUGUCCGCAUGUGGAGACCCUGUCCACGUACUCCUUUGUGGGCGCCGCCUUGAAGUUCAUCUACGAUAAUGUCGAUGAUCGCUUCAAGUGCCGCUUGAAAUAUAUGCACGAUACGGGCACGGAUGAGGCCACCCUCCAGGUGAUCAUGCAGACGUGUCCACGGCUGGAGACCCUCUAUCUGGAUUCCCCCAAGACGGGUUGCCUCAGGGCUCUGCAUACGCGCUCCCUGAGAAAGCUGAAGAUUUACAAGUUUGUGGUGGCCGAGCUACUGCCUCUGCUGGAGCGACCCAUUGGCCAAAAUCUGCGACAUCUCACGAUGAUCAAGGGGUCGGGAAAUCUCGAGCUGGGAAAGCUGGCGCGCCUGUGCCCCUCUCUGAUUGAUCUCGACUGCUACAUGAUCGAUAGUCUGUCGUAUGUACAAGCCAAUGCCAAGUUCCAUCAGCUCGAGGGCUUGGAGAUCCUAAGCAGCGCCAUUAUGACGAGCUCCUUGAAGGCCUUCCUCUGCAACUGCACGGAUCUGAAGCGGUUGGCAGUGGACACGGUGGAUCUUACGGAUGAGGAUAUAGUGAGCAUAUUUAUGCAGCAUGACUUCAAGUUGCUGGAGGAUGUUUGGUUCACUCUCGCUCCAGAACUGACUGUGACCUCAGUGGAGUUACUAAUGGACUGCUGCCCAGAAUUGCAGUCGGUGGGCCAAUUAACCGGAUGGUCCUUGACGCCCGAUGACUUGGCGCUGAUUCGAGGACUUCUGAAGAGCGGCAAUUCGAGCAUUGUACUGACACCAAACGGUUUUCUAGCUUGACGCCUACAAUAGCCCUAAUGCUGCUGCCUGACUCUCGCCAAGGGGAACAAACGUUUUUGUAAAAAAAAUCAAGUGUUGUGUAUUUGCUUGUGAUAUUAUUUAAAUAAAGUUGAUUAAAUU